AUGUACCAACUAUACCUAACUUCGGAUAGGGUGCGAUUGGUGGGAAUAGUACGAUUUUCUAUUCCCAUCUUCGGGCUCUUUUUUGCUGACCACCAAUUCAAGCCACUUUUUAAAUUGCUGUCGCUGCCACUCGCCGCGAGAAAUUUUCGAGUCAAAUAUUUCUUAAGUAGUGACACUUGCAAUUUACGUUUUGUAUUGAGCCCUGGUGACAUAGAACAACUGAAGAGGUUCGCAUGUGGCGGCUAUUGCGACGAUUCCACUAUUGUUUACUUACAACAUCCUUGCGUUAUUCUUAGUGCACUAGAGGUAUUAGGUUACAAGGUUGUGGCGUCCAGUUCAACUGCUGUCAAGCAAGACUAUAAUGAAUAUAUGUGGACUAUGAGAAAAGAAUUUUCUGAGCCAGAACCUUCAAUUGUAGUAGAGCAAGACAAUAUCACAAACUUCAGUAAGGAAGCUAUGCACUUAGGCAAUUACCAGCAUCAAACAAAAGACGACGAAGUGAGAGGAGGAAAUCAGAGCUCUAUCUAA